CUCUUUUUAAUUAAACACUAUCGAUAUGCUCGCUAAACAUAUUUACACACCACUGUCGACAACGAUAUUAUCAAUUUUAAAAUCACGGGGUUGAAUCACGUGAUGUCGGUGACGCAGCGGCGCAGCUCUUCUUUCUUUUUAGCAAUUAGCUGACCGAAGCUAAAACACACAGCACUUUUAUUUUGAAAUCGUGGACUAAAUGUGCCUUAAUUGGCUUAAUUGUGACAAUAAAGGGCCUCACGUCACACUAUGGUUCUUUGUCGUAGUUUCGUUUAGUGUCGUGAUUGACAGCUGGUCAUUAACUGUGACUGAUGCUUUUCCACUUUCCCCUAUGAAACAUCUGGCACCAGCUGUGCAUGGAAACCAUACAAGGGCUUUAAAGAGUGGCAUUAAAACAACAACAACAACCAGGUCAAAGCAGGGAGAUUCAAUUACAACGUGCUUUUACUAGAUUUUUUAUCAGUUUACAUAACCAGUGUGUUAAAUUAAAAAUAAUACAGGUUGUAGUUUUAAGGCUUUCAGGUGGAAAAUGAAUAAUGGAGGUACAUUUCUGUUAGUAUUCGGUCAAUACUUGGAAGGUGGAAGUUCAUAUGAGUAGCUCUACUGAGUUUGUUGAGAAUGAACUUUUUUUUUUUUUUUUGUCUGUGUGAGUCAGUGACAUGUUAACAGGAAGCUCCAGAAAUAUCCCCCGGCUGUGCAUAAUGUCAGGUGACCAGCUUCAGGACUUUGCGUCAAUGUUGCGCUUGAUAGCAACAUCGUUGUGCCUUCGGUGCCAACGCGUCACAGCUCUGCCUUUGAACCUAAGGCCAUGUGCAACACUGAGCUCGGCAGAGAACCAGCAGACAGUGGAGGAGCUCUAUAAUCUCUCUGUUGACAUCCAGAAGGUCCGGAAACUUAAGGGCUGGGUUCUGCAUCAGAGACCAGCCUACACUAAAGAGGUAGCAGAUCUGCUGAAGGACAUGGGAGCCUCGGGUUCCAUCAUUGCUGGGAUCCUAGCGGUUCACCCUGAAGCGGUCCUCUGUCACCCAGAGCAGAUGCAGGCUCAGAGAGAGCUGUGGAUGUCCGUGUGCCCAAACCAGAAAGACCUGGUUGGCAUCAUUGAGAAAUUCCCAGCCUCCUUCUUCACUUCCUCCAGCCACCAUGACAACCAGCAGAACAACAUCGCUUACUUCCAGAGCUUAAACCUCAACAAGCGAAUCAUCACCAAGCUCAUGGCCAGCGCUCCUCAGAGCUUCAGUCGGCCAGUAGAGGACAACGAGGUGAUGGUGCGCACCCUCCAGCAGGCCUACCAGGAGCUUGGUGGAGAGGAGGCCAACAUGAAGAUCUGGCUUCAGAAGCUGCUGAGCCAGAACCCUUUUGUCCUCCUCAAGCCUCCCGAGGUGCUGAGGCAGAACCUGCUGUUCCUGAGAGACAAGGGCUUCAGCACGGCAGAGCUCCUCCGCCUCCUCUCUAAACUUAAGGGCUUUGUCACCGAGCUGAACCCGGACAGCAUGCGUCGCACCCUGGCGUACUCCCAGGACACGAUGGGCUGCUCCGAGGAGGACCUGCGGCACAUCAUCCUCAACUGCCCGGCUCUGCUUUACUACCCUGAAGUUAUUCUGGCUGAGCGCUUUAAGGGUCUCCUCAGUGCCGGCAUCAGCAUGUCUCAAAUCGUAGAGACUCCGACCGUUAUGGAGCUGACUACACAGAUAGUGAACUACCGCAUCCACCAACUGAGGACGCAUGGUUAUGAGGUAAGGACAGGUAGUCUGGAUGUCCUGAAUGGCACUAAGAAGGACUUUGAAAAAAGCUAUGAAAAAUUACAACUACGUAGAGAGAGACCAAUUUUCAACCCUGUUGCCCCUUUAAAGGCGGAUGACUGACCGAAGCUGUAUGGACGAAUGCAAAUGUAUUAAAUAAUUAACUGGAUGUAUUCUGUUCUUGGGAUUAUUUAUAUCUUUAUGAUAUCAAUAUCAGAUUAAAGUGUCUAAAACCUAAA